CAUGAACCAACCUUUUACCAACCAACUAAUCUUUUCCCAUUUACUACAUCAGCCUUAACCAUUUACCCAGGAUUUUCCCUAUUAAAAUCCUCUAUAAACUUUUUAUUCAUAAUUUUAAGUAGCAUGCAAUUUCGCCCCAUUUCAUAACUAAUAGAGUUAUCCGUAUUUUUAAUUAUCCUUGCCACUCAAUGGACAUAAUGAUUAUGGUAUUGCUCUUACAUAUCGUAGUCACUUAUUCAGAUUAGUCAACAUCCUCAUAAAAAACGACUAUGGCUAUGGCAAAUUCCAAAAAUAGUAAUAAAAUUCAGGAUCCCAUUCACAAACUUGUUUUGAGCAAAUAAACGCUUCGUGAAUACAUACUUUUGAUAAUGGAAGAUGAUGAUCAAAUUCAUUAGAUUUCACAAAAUCUAAGAGAAAUCAACUAAGUUCAAUUAGCACAGACUUUAGAAAUCUUAGUUACAAAAUAAAAAUAGCAUCUCAAAAGUAGGGAAGAAUUAAUCAAGUUUUGUCUAAGAAAAGCAUUCAGGUUUAUAUUUUAGAAAAUAUCAGAAAGAAACAGCAUUUCAAGUACUAUUAUCAACAAUCUAAUAGAAACUAAUUUAAAAACUGCUAGGUAGGAAUUUUUAAAAAUCAUGGAGCAGGAAACACAUAUUCCAUUAGUGUUACCUUUUGGAAAGAACAGUAAAAACAAAACCAUGAAUAAUGAUUUUUUAAAAGAAGUAUUUUCUUCUCAAAUUUUUCAAAGUUUCUACAAAGAGUUUUUAGGUAUAUUAUCCACAUAAUUAUAGAUCAUUUAGAUGAUACUAUACAAGCAGACAGAAAGAAGAAGAUUAACAAACUACAGGACAAAAUUUGGUUGAGUUUAAGGGAGAAUAGAACCGUAAUUAUGAAAUCGUUUAUAAUAGACAUCUAUCGACAUCAAACGACUUCCUUGGUCGCUGAAAAACACAGAAAGAGUGAAAUCGAUAGCCUUAGAGUUGUUGACAUUUUCAUAAAAUCAUAACAAAUGAAAAUAAAU